GUAGUAUUUCUGAUUUCAGAGGAUAGUGUUCGCGCGUUGGUCUUGGCGUUAUUUUUUGUGUUUGAGAAGAUUUAUGUAUAAAGGAUAUAUAGCGCUAUAUGUGAGUGUUUGUAAGCAAGUGGAAGUAUAUAUACGUGCAGAUACAUACAGAUAUUUGUAUAUGUGGGCAUUUUGAGAAACUCUCGCAACUUACAGUGAAUUUUUUGGUGUGGCAAAAACCAUACAGUAAUAAAUUUUACAAAUAUUAAAAAAAAAAGGAAAGCAGAGAAUAUUAUAAAAAUAACGAUAUAAAGUUAAAAAGGAAAUAUAAUGUCGUCUGAAGUAGCAAAUACGAUCCCAGCAGCAGAAAAUAAGCAAGAGGAGACAACCCCAGUCGAUAAUGCUGUCGUAGAAACUUCAGGGGAAGGAAAAAAUGAAAGCUCACCAGAUACUGAUGCCGUUAACGCCCAAGAGAAAGCAGAGGAAACUAAUGCUGCAUCCGAAGAUACGAAAAAAGAAACAGAAAGUGCGGCUGCAGGUUCAAAUAAUAAAUCUGAGCCAGCUCCCAAAUGCAAUGUUCAUAAGACAAAUUUUGAAAAGGACAUGAUAUAUUUAUAUCAAUUCUCUAGAACACCUCUUCUACCUUCUCUGUCGCCAUAUUGCUUGAAAGUGGAAACCUGGCUCCGCCUAGCCGGACUAAAAUACGAGAACGUUGAUCAUAAAAUGCGUUUUAGAUCAAAAAAAGGACAAUUACCAUUUAUCGAAUUGAAUGGUGAAGAGAUUGCGGAUUCGGCGAUAAUUAUAAAGGAAUUAUCAGCUAAAUAUAAUAAGGACCUCGACGCUGGUUUAACAUCGGAACAGCGAAACGUUUCGUAUGCUAUGAUUGCUAUGCUCGAGAAUCAUUUGAUCUGGAUUAUUUUUUACUGGCGUGCUAAAUAUCCCGAUAAUGUUCUUAAGGGAUAUAAAGUGAAUCUGCAGCAUGCCUUGGGCUUACGUUUGCCAAACUCGAUUUUGAAUUUCUUUUUCAAAAUAACAUUCGGCCGAAAGUGGUUCCAGGGUACAAAAAAGCUUAAAGCUCAUGGAAUAGGUGUACACAGUGCCGAGGAAAUUGAGGAAUUCGGUAAAAAUGAUUUAAAGGUGCUCAGCGAAAUGUUGGAUUGCAAGCCAUUCUUUUUCGGUGACGAGCCUACAACAUUGGAUGUUGUUGCGUUCGCAGUACUCUCACAGCUGCACUUUCUAUCAAAGGAUGUUCCAUAUACUUUGCGUGACUUUAUGGCUGAGAAGUGUCUUAACUUAGUGGGUCAUGUGUCGCGCAUGAAAGACAGGUGCUUCCCGGAUUGGGAUGAAAUUUGUACUAAAUUGGAUUUGAAUGCCCACAUUCAAAAGCAGGAGCCUGAGAACAAAGAAGGCAAAGAUGGAGAGAUGGAAAAAUCAAACGAACAAGACAAUGAAGUUGAUAAGACCGAAAAAGAAUUAGAAAAGGAUAAGACAAAUGAAAAAGAAAUUUCUGAAGAGAAUAAGGAAAAAGAAGAAGCAAAAUAAAGAACUUAUCCAAUAUUAUGGCCAUCUCUGUAAACAAAACGCAUUUAUAUGAAUAAAAAAGAAAAAAAAAAAAAAAA